AUGGUCAAGCCAUUACAAAGGAAGUCUCGUGAUGAUGAAAACCAAUCCAAGCCAAAGCUUGCCUUGAGCAUCUCCAUUCCUCUGCGGAUGUCCAAUUACAUGUUCAAGAGGCCAGUUACUAGAAUCACAUCCCAUCCUGGCAAUCAGGUGAGAUACCAUCAUUGGGAGGAAACCUUGGACAAGCCACAACAGGUCUGGUGGCAGGAGAGACUGCAAGGACUCCAGGCUUGUAGCAGCACAGGAGAGCCCUUAAGUACUGUGGAUCUCAUCAAAGCAUUGCAAACGUUUGCACCUACUUAUGCAGGUGAAUUCCUGCCAAGUGUACUAGCAGGUGAUCUGGACUCCAGCCCCAUGUCAACCCCUGCCCAGUCUCCAGAUCUGGCAGACGUGGUCUCGGAAUCCGGUCUAGAAAUCCCACACCAUCUCUGCAGACCAUUUCUGGUGACUGAGGAAGACAUCAGGAAACAGGAAAGGAAGGUGAAGAUGGCGAGAGAGAGACUGGCAAUUGCAAUGAUUGCAGAUAGUUUGGCGAAUGAGGCAGAGAAGAUGAGCCAAGGAGAACCAGGAAAACACUCUGGAAAAAAGAGAAGACAAUGCAGAUGA